AUGGCACGUGUUGCUGGGUUCGAUUUGGGUACCACGUACUCGUGCGUCGGUGUGUACCAACAUGGUAAAGUCAAGAUCUUGGCAAACGGCUAUGGUAACCAAACUUUACCAUCUUGUGCGUCGUUCACGGACAGCGAUCGCUUAGCAGGAGAAGCGGCGUAUGAAAUGACUACUCGGAAUUAUGAGAAUACUGUGUUCAGUAAGUUUUUGUUGGAGAAGUAUAAUAUUUUGGCGAUUUGGUCUAAAAAUUCAUAUUAUUUUCUGUUUUUUGGAUAGAUUGAACUUUAUUUUAGGCUGUUUAUAUUCUUUUUGAAGGUUUAUUUUACUUAUUUUUAUAUUUAGAUGCCAAACGUCUUAUUGGCCGCAAAUUCUCCGAUUCCACGGUUCAAUCAGACAUCAAAAACUGGCCGUACAAGGUGAUCAAUGACAAUGGCAAUCCCAAGUUCCAAGUCAAGUACAAGAACGAGAUCAAUACAUAUUCUCCGGAACAGAUUUCAGCGAUGGUUUUGGGAGAAAUGAAGCAAUUAGCUGAAGACUGCUUGGGUGGUGCUUUAACUGGAGUUGUAAUCAAAGUACCAGCCUACUUCAACGAUGCUCAACGUGAAUGCACAAGGACGGCGGCCGAGAUUGCUGGAUUGAACGUUCUCCGCAUUAUCAACGAACCGACAGCUGCAGCGAUUGCUUUUGGCCAUGAACAGAAUGUGAGUGGCACGAAGAACGUUCUGGUUUAUGAUCUGGGUGGUGGAACGUUUGAUGUUUCUAUUGUGACGAUCAGAGACAAGACUUAUCAAGUGAGAGCGGUGGGUGGACACACCCAUCUAGGCGGGGAAGACUUUGAUAUUGAUUUGAUGAACUACAUGGUUGAUGAAUUUAAAGCAAAAUACAACAUGGACAUGACUCCGAACAAACGAUCUAUGAGCCGUCUGAAACGGGAAUGUGAACGUGCCAAGAGGCAACUAUCCUUCGCGACUAAAGUAGGGUAUGUUGUUAGUUAUAAUCUGUUAUUAUUGAAUUUUUGAGUAAUAUAGAAGCUGAAUAGUCAAAAAUUAGUAAAAAGUACUGUGUUAGACUUUGUUUUGUAGUUGUCUUUUCUAUUCAUACAUGCACAAUAUUUAUCUUUAAAAAACAUGUUUUAGAUUUGACCUUCCUUCAAUUUUUGAUGGUGAAGACCUCGACACUACCAUUAGUCGUGCCAAAUUCGAAAAUCUCAUUGUGAAUCGACUUGAAGACAGUAUGAAGAUCGUUGAAAAUGUUUUGAGGGAUGCCAAGAUGAAUAAGCGCGAGAUUGAUGAUGUGAUCCUUGUCGGUGGCUCCUCAAGAAUUCCAAUGUCACAGCAAAUGUUGUCCCGGAUGUUCGAAGGAAAGGAACUGAACAAAUCCGUCCAUCCAGAUGAAGCUGUUGCUUACGGAGCUGCGGUUCAGGCGGCUAUUCUGGCUGGGGAUCAAUCCGCGGACCUGAAGAAGUUCAAGAUUAUUGAUGUUACACCAAUGUCUUUGGGUAUUGAGGUUCGGGGCGGACACAUGUCUACUGUAAUCAAGGGAAAUACGCCAAUUCCUGUUAAAAUUUCUCAUUGUUUUAAUACUCCAGUGGACAAUUGCACAAAGGUGUCCAUUAUUGUGUAUGAAGGAGAACGGGCUAUGGUAAAGGAUAAUCAUCUUCUGAAAGCGUUUGACUUGGAUGGUCUUCCGUCUGUACCUCGUGGCUAUCCUGUUAUUGUCACGUUCGAUAUUAACGAAGAUGGAGUAUUGAAAGUGACUGCUUUUGAUUCUAAAACUGGCAUUACAGCUAGUGUCACUAUCACUGACUUCAAUAUGUUUUUGUCGAAAGAGGAGGUUCAGAAGUUGAAGGACAACGAAGAAAUCUACAAACGAGAGAAGCACGAAUCGCGUCAGACCCAGGAUGCAAGACAUACCUUGGAGAAGUUCUGUUUUGAUCAGUUGAGGGAGCUAAAACUUCGUGUAAGUCUAGUUUUUUUGAUAUUAAACGUAACUAUGCAUAUUGUCCAUGAAAUGAACAUCCUAUCUUUGAAUCCCAAUUAUAGUUUUUUAAUGUUGAUAAAACCAAACUUUUAGGAUGCUGGAGAUCAAUCGGAGAACGGAGAGAUUAUGGGCAAAUGUCACAGAACACUUGAAUGGCUCGACAAUAACCCUAUGGCAAAGAGAUCAGAAUUUGAGGACCGUUUGAGAGAGAUGGAAGACUUAUGUGCAUGCUUCCAUUCCAGUUUAGUCAUCUCAUAA